UGGCCAGUUGCUUUGUCACUCAUCAGUCCUUGGGUCAGCCCGCCUCCAGGCUCGGAAGACCCGCCUCCUCCCUAAAGUUAAGCGAGGAAUACAGGGAUUGGAAAUUUAGACGGUGACGUAACUUUCCGCUUUACGUGGCCUUCCGCUCGCUCGGCAGUCGGAGGGGGUUCGGGGUUCUUUUGGCGGGCUCCCGGUCCCUCCGCCCUCAGAGGCUCCAUGAGGUCAGUUAGCUACGUGCAGCGCGUAGCGCUGGAGUUUAGCGGGAGCCUCUUCCCACACGCAAUCUGUCUCGGAGACGUCGAUAACGAUGCGUUAAAUGAACUGGUAGUGGGAGAUACCAGCGGAAAGCUGUCUGUGUAUAAGAAUGACGACAGCCGGCCAUGGCUCACCUGCACCUGUCAGGGAAUGUUGACUUGUGUUGGAGUUGGAGAUGUGUGUAACAAAGGAAAGAACCUGGUAGUGGCAGUGAGUGCUGAAGGCUGGUUUCACUUGUUUGACCUGACACCUGCCAAGGUUCUGGAUGCUUCUGGGCACCAUGAGACAUUCAUGGGAGAGGAGCAGCGUCCAGUCUUCAAGCAACACAUUCCUGCCAAUACCAAGGUCAUGCUCAUCAGCGACAUCGAUGGAGAUGGGUAUUGUGAGCUGGUAGUGGGCUACACAGACCGUGUGGUACGGGCCUUCCGCUGGGAAGAGAUGGCUGAGGGCACUGAACACCUUACAGGACAGCUGGUGUCCCUCAAGAAGUGGAUGCUGGAGGGUCAGUUAAGCCCCUGUUCCUGGCAGGUGGACAGUCUCUCGGUGACACCGGGGCCACUAGGUGUUCCUGAAUUGAUGGUAUCUCAGCCAGGCUGUGCUUAUGCAGUGCUUCUGUGCACCUGGAACAAGGAUACUGGGUCCCCUGCUACCUCUGAGGGGGCCACGGAGGGCAGUAGGGAGACCCCAGCUGCCCGAGAUAUAGUGCUGCACCAGACUUCUGGCCGCAUCCACAACAAGAACGUCUCCACUCACCUGAUUGGCAACAUCAAGCAAGGCCACAGUUCUGAGAGUGGUGGCUCUGGCCUCUUUGCCCUGUGCACCCUGGAUGGGACAUUGAAGCUUAUGGAAGAAGCAGACAAGCUGCUGUGGUCAGUCCAGGUGGAUCACCAACUUUUCGCCCUAGAAAAGUUAGAUGUCACAGGAAAUGGGCAUGAAGAGGUGGUUGCAUGUGCCUGGGAUGGACAGACAUAUAUUAUCGAUUACAACCGCACUGUUGUUCGCUUCCAAGUGGAUGAAAAUAUCCGCGCCUUCUGUGCAGGCCUGUACGCCUGCAAAGAGGGCCGUAAUAGCCCCUGCCUCGUGUACGUCACUUUUAACCAGAAGAUCUAUGUUUACUGGGAGGUACAGCUGGAACGGAUGGAGUCCACCAAUCUGCUGAAACUGCUAGAAGCUGAACCUGAGUACCACAGCCUCCUGCAGGAGCUGGGGAUGGAUCCUGAUGACCUCCCUGCAGCCCGAGCCCUGCUUCACCAAACUCUCUACCAUCCGGACCAGCCACUACCAUGUGCUCCCUCAAGCCUCCAGGAUCCCACCUAGCUGGGACUGGCCUCCUGUCUGAUCCCAGAUGGUGUGAUGGAAAGAAGCAAUGAAGUCUUCAGAACUGGGAUGCUAGUGUUCACCCUUGCUAGUAUUUUCCCUCAUCCACUAGCACCUUCACCCUGUCCAGUCACUUCCUAGAUUCUACCAGUUUGCCCUCCUGUCUGUAGGGUCUGGCACUGCUUUCUGUUACUACUUUCCUUAGCCUCCCCAUAGCUCAUCUAAGUCACUGGGCCUCAGUUCACAAGCACCUGCCUCUGGCACUGUGGCCUUCCCAAUACACCAGCUCUAGGCUUCCAGACUGACUUAUCAAAAACCCUGCCACCCAAAGUGUCGUCCCCAAAGCAGCGGCUUUAAAAAGCAUAUAGAAGCCUGCUUAAAAUGCAGAAAUCUCAGACCUAGUCAAUCAAAGCUGGCUUUUGGGGUUUUAUCUUUUUGCAGUGCUGGGGAUCAAACCCAGGACCUCACAUAUGCCAGGCAAAUGCUCUACCACUGAACCACACUCCCAAUCCCAGAACCUCACUUUAGCAAAACCCAGGUGAGCUGUGUAUCCAUUCAAGGUGAUGAUCCAGAUGACCUGGGUGCUGUCUGAAUUUUCCACUUCACCUCCAUACCUUCACUCCUGCUCACUCCUUCUCCCUGAAACCCCGCUUCCUCAUUCUUCCCUAGGCCAAACUGGUGCCUGACUCAACAUGCUGGAUUCAGAAGAAUGGUUCUUAUUUUGCACCUGAGAUUCCAUGUGUACUCUGUAAUUAGCGCAGGAUCGACCUCCUCCAGGGUACCCUCUCUGGACUCUUCCUGUUCCUCCCCCUGCUCGUAUCUCUCUUGGUUAUGUUUCUCAUAGAUGUUAUUUCUGGAUUUCACUCCCCCACUACCCUGGAGAGCCUUUGAGGUCAGGUCUGUUUCUCAUGUUUGUAUACCAGGGCUUUACUCGACAUCCAGUAGGUACUCAGUAAGUGCUUGCUGAAGAAUGACUGCUCUCCCAGGCUCCACAUGCUCCUCCACCUGCCCUCUCUCUUUGGGAGCCUGGGAUUGUUUUUAUACUCUUGGCCUCAUGGGGCUCUAGAGGUUGCCUCCCAGCAGCAAGCUGCCAGCUCUGGGAAAAGUGCACUGAGUUCUGAACCAGCUGAAAUAAAAAGGAGGGGGGGGGAGUUCAGCAGUUCCCAUCUUCCACGUUUCCCACAAUGGCUCCAGGCUCCAGGCCUCUCCCACAUUGUGUGCAGUUUGAUCCCGAGCUAUCCCAGGGAGAGAGACAGUGGGACCUCCCAACCAAUGGCAUCUUCACUCCCAAAGCCAUAAGAGGUAAUGCUAGAGGUCAACUCAGGAGGUACCAAGGCAAAGGGCAGAAAUGAGAAGCCCAGAAGCUGGAAUCACCACUCUAGAAUAGCAUAGAUGUAGGAUGGUCCCCAAUAGAUGCAGAGUCCUAGCCCUCAAGAGAUAAGAACCUGCUUCCCUACUCCAUCCCUUUUCUCAGCUGUGCUCACUGUGUUUGCAAGGGGGACCAACCCUGGCUGUUCUCUGAACUCAAAGUUCAGUUAAUCUGAUCACUUUUCCUCAGUGGGGGCUGUUACAAUGGAGCUAGGGCAUUGCCUGACCUCUGGGCUGUGUCCCUGGAGGGGGAAAUUCAAGCUGGGAGAAUAAGGGAAAGGUAGGGCUAGGUCAGGAAAGGCAGUGAGGGCUGCAUUUGCUUCCAGCUUCCCAAGAAGAGGUUUUUACUUCAAUAAAAUAUAGUUCUAUAUCUUCUGGA